GGCAGUGACAGGAAGUACCAGAGUUGAAUUUCCCAUUGCCAACUUUUUCCUGUGAGUUAAAUUCCUGAAGUUUGUGUGUCCAUUGUUUGUUCGUUAGGACCAAGAAAGAGUGGAUAUUUGGCAUAAUAAUAGCCCCCCAAAAACAAAAAAACAAAACAAGAGCCGCCAAGACACCGUGUAAGUAAGUGCAGACUGACACGAAUGAGACCCGAAGGGCUCUGGAGGUGGACAUCGUUUUUCGCUUCUUUUUUGGCUGGUUGAAGCCAAGGCAGAGGGAGUGAAACUCCUGAUGUAAAGGAAGGGAAGGUACGGGGGAAGAUAACUAGGAGGAGUUGAGGAAGGAGCGGAGCUAACUAGCUGUUAUGUGGCAAAACUCUCAACUACUUCUCCGACAACGAGAGCAGCAGAGCUGUGUUUUUAUUUGAGAGAAAGUGCCCUGUAGAAGAUGGAGGGAGAGAAGGAGCGACAGCGGGAGGAGAAGGAGAGUAACGAGGCAGAAGAUGACAGGAGGAGUGAUGAAGAGGCUGACAUUGACGAGGAGGAGGAGGAGGAGGAUGAAGAAGACUCGGAGGGCGCGGCGCUGAUCUGGCAGGAGGGCUACGGCGAGGACAGUCUGGGCCUUCCCAUCAUGCACUGGGAGGCGCUGAGCCUGCGCAUCGCCGAGCUGGAGAAGCAGGAAGAGGAGAAUAAGGAGAAGAGGGCAAAGAGCGGAGUUUCUCUGGAGCGAGGCAGAGCUCCAGCGAGCUGGGCCGAGGACAGAGGGAGGAGAGCCGAGAGCCGCGAGGACGGGGACGACGCCUGCAACAGCCACGUUCUGGCACUCACCUCCCGCCUGCAGACCCAGAUGAAUCUUCAGCUCUGCUUCAUCAACGACAGUGAAAGUGAAGAGGAGGAGGAGGACGAGAAGCAGGGAGAGAUCAGCCAGAAGGAAAGCAGCAGCACAUGGAGGGGGAGCGUUCAGGUCCAUAAGAACCCUCCGCCUGCUGCCAAGCCGGAGAAACCCAAAUCCAGAGGCUUUCGGAACACUCUGAGGAACCUCCGAGACCGGCUGAGAACAGACCACAAAGCACUGGCUGCAGCUCGUAGCGAUCCUGUAGUCCAGAGACGGCACGUGGAGCGCAGUGAUUUACAAAACUUCUGCAUUAAGGACCUGAAUGCUCUCUGCACGUCUCUCAGCCAGACCAUCCAAGACCUGAGCUCCGACCUGGUGGGCCGCCUGCAGGUGCGAGACCAGCUGAGGACGGAGCAGGACGCCAUGCUGCUGGAGGUUCAAGACCUGACAUCGCUGUGAGCCUGAGGUUCAGCCGUCGAGCCUGUGGCUCUGUCCCACACAACACUUGAACACGUGUCAAGUCUGUGAACAUUGUCGUGAGUCAGACGGUGCCACAGUGGCCUCCACAAACAUCUCAGUCAGUCCCUCCUGCUGUCGGGGCUGACCAGCCAAUCACUGUGAAGACUGUCCCUCCCUGAAAAGGACCAUGACAUUCAUUUGCAUAGUAUUUUUCAGUGUUAUUGUCUGUGUUGUGUAUUUAUAAGGGAUAAGGGAAAUGUUGUCUCACUAAAGGAUAGUGUCCACCAGCAGGGGUGUAAAACUGGGGCAAAAAAAAAAAGGGCAACAACUGAAACUGAGUUGGACACAACAUCCAGGCAGUGGAUGUUGGCCUUAUAGGAACACGCCAGGGUUUCUCCCAUUGUAUUGCAGGCCUGGUGGUCCACCACCACCAGGCCUAAACCACUGGGGAUCAUUUUGUAAGGUAUUUUAAAGAAUUUUUUUAAACUAGUUGCAGUGGGUUGCCGUAAUCUUGAUAUUAUGAACGUCCGUUACAUUCAAGCCAUUGCCAAAAGAGUUGCUACAAAGCUAAUUAAGACUAUCAGCUCCACACAACUCUCUCUGGAUUUCUCAGUAUGACUA